AAGAAGAAGAAGAAGAAGAAGAAGAAGAAGAAGAAGAAGAAGGAGCAGCGCGGUUGGGAUGCGCGCCACCGCGUGCAGGUAUACUGCUGAUCGAUUAGCGCGGGUCCUAAAGCGCGGUCCCGAACUACCGUCUUCUCUGGUCGAGGAGGAGAGCUCUGGAGAACACACAACAGACCUCUUCACUGCAGAUGAUCUGAGCUGAAACAUGAGGAAGCAUACUCACAGGUGGUGCCAGACUCCCCCAUCAGUAACUGUCCGGGUCAAACCCAGCAGUUCACACUCUAUCCAAAAGAGAAGAUGUCUCCGGUUCAAGAGAUCCAAUGGCCAGGACACCCAGGGCCCACCAGGGAAGAGCCAGUCGAGCCAUUGUCGAGAUGAGCUGUAUCAUGCCAAAAUGUCCACACCGCCAACUAUUGUCAUCCAGAUGCAAGAAAUGGCUUCAUUCUUCAGACUUUUAGAUGAUGACCUGAUCAGGGACUUUCUGUGGAUGGACUGUUGCUGUAAAAUGACUGACAAGUACCUCCUAGCCAUGACCUUUGUGUACUUUAAAAGGGCUCACUUCACUAUUGCUGAAUACACCAGGAAGAAUUUAUUCAUUGCACUUUAUCUCGCCAACACCAUGGAGGAGGAUGAGGAGGAGAUUAAAUAUGAGAUUUUUCCAUGGGCACUGGGCAAGAACUGGAGGAAGCAGUUUCCCCGCUUCCUCCAGCAGCGAGACUUGCUGUGGGCCCGCAUCAACUUCAGAGCUGCUGUCAGCAGGCGCUGCUGUGAAGAGGUGAUGGCCAUUGCACCCUCUCACUUCGUGUGGAAGCGAGUGCGAUCAGAGCAUCACAGCGGUGCCCAGCGGCAGUAUGGUGACCAAGAGCACACUAUCAUUCCCCGUGGGCCCUCUGCCUCUCCACUAUCCUGUGCCCUCUGUAACCAAGGCACCAGGUCACAUCAAGGCCCAGGCUUCUUGUCACCCUCCAGAGGACCUUCUGCUCAGACAUCAAGCCCUGCCCUCCCACACCCAUUCACCUCCAUAUUGAGUUUGGAGAUAACUCCACCCAGAGCCUCUCUCCAGAAGACAGUGGGGACUAAAAUCCAGGCACAGCAUUUGUCCUCUUGUUGUGUGGGUGAGGUUCCCAGAGCUGAGGGUUCCUCUGGGUCCUCAUACGACACAUCCAUGGACUGGAUCAGUGAGGAGUAAAGCAUCACACCACCUCCACUCUCUUUGCCCUGAUGGAGCUGUUCUGUUUAUCACUAUCUGUCCUCUUUAAUGCCACUUCACCAAAGUAAAGGCCUUAACUCACUGGUUUGCAUCUACCUCUUCUAAUGCAAACAUAACUGGUCAGGAAUAAGUUAACUAUUUAUGAGACUGGAAAUAGUUGUAAGAAUGAGCUAAUGUCAUUUUAGACAUCAUAUUGUGAUGGAAACAUGCGAUAAGGUUGAUAUUGCACCAAACACCAAAGAGUUGUUAGGGUUUGUUUAACUUGCACUGAGUUCUUGAUGUUUAUGUUAUUAUUUAUAUAUUUAUAUUAUUUAUGAACUGAAGUACCUCUGGAAACAUUUGUUAAUACACUUAAGCACAGAUGUUAAAAUGUCAAAGUCUUUCACAUACUGGGAUCCAACUGCAUGGGCUUUAUGUUACCAGUGUGCCUGUAUGACAAACAAACACUGCCUCUGAGUUCUGAAUAAAUGCCUGAACUGUG